AUGGUCAAACACAAACGUGCACACAACACCAUAUUCAGAUAUUCAGCCAAGCUCCUACCACUCAUCAAACCUCCACCCGCAUGCCCAGCCUGCGGCGUCCGUAACAUCCUCACAUCGUCUCACAUCUUCUUUGACUGCCCCGUCCUUGUCAAUCGCAACGCUGAUGGACUUCAAUUCGCUGCCACCACCUUGAGCAUCAACAUGCCUCAAUGGUCUCCAUCCAUCCUCGCCCAAUACGACUGCAAACUCUCAAUCCUGCGCAUCAACCUCGUCGCAAUCACCAUGCAUCAGAUAUGGCUCGACUUCUGCCACUGGAAACACCAAAUACCAUUCUCCACAGCAAACUCCAACUUCAAGUUGCUAAACUCAGAUCACAAUCAGCUCCAACUGAACAAAUAUCGUCCCUCCUCACCAAAGCAACUAUCAAACACCUGGACAAAUGGAACUCCAUAA